CAACAAAAGCUACAUGAGGCAAGCAAUUGGUGGCGUAGUUGUCGCUGCAACGCCUGAGUGAGUGACUAACUAGCAACGUUUGCUUGCCUGCUUGCCACAUUCGGUUGCCAGUGCUCGGCGUACACGCGACACGUGCAAGUUGCGUGCUAAAGUUGAAUUGUCAGCAGCGACAAAAGUUGAAACAUUUUCAGCCAACAAUAAAAUAAAACACACGCACUGGAGCUGGAGCAGCUGCCAAACGCAACAGAACAACAAAACUUGUGCGAGUGUGUGACAGUGGCAGCAAACAAAACGAGAAACCAAAAAAAAAAACAACAGAUAAACAUAAAAGCUGAAAAGAUGAUGCAUCGCAAUGAUUGUUACUAUACGAAGGAAGCCGAGCUAAAGAACACGGCAAAACGAGAGCUGGCCAAUGGACUCGACAAGGAUCCAAUCUACAAAUUGCGCCUGCAGUGCUUCAGCCGUGGCGCCACCGGCAUUCUGGGUCUGGCCAGAGCAUUUCGCAUUAUGGACGAUGAUGGCAGCAAGUCGCUCAAUAUGGAAGAGUUCAAAAAGGGUAUCAAUGAUUGGGGUCUGGACAUCAGUGACGCCGAUAUUGAUGAUCUGUUUAAAACCUUUGAUGCGGACAACGAUGGCAGCAUAAACAUGACUGAGUUUCUUAUCAAGCUGCGUCCGCCCAUGAACAAUCAUCGUUUGGAUCUAAUUGAUCAAGCUUUUGCCAAAUUGGAUACAAAUGGAGAUGGCGAAAUAAACGCCGACGACUUGAAACACAUUUAUUCAGUGCGCGAUCAUCCGAAGUACUUGAGUGGCGAGCUGACUGAGUCAGAGAUACUGAAAUUGUUCCUAAACAACUUUGAGAACGGCUCCGACAAUCAGGAUGGCAUUGUCACCAAAGAGGAGUUCGUCAACUAUUAUGCCACAGUUAGCGCUUCAAUUGAUAACGAUGCCUUCUUCGAUUUGAUGAUGCGCCGCGCCUAUAAGCUCUAGUGUCAAUUGCCUAAACUUGUUUUUGUAUUGUUAGAGUGGCUCUUACUCCAGCCAGGUUUAUGGCCCGUAAAUCAAUUAACUUCUUUUGAAUACACCUUUGCCAUUGCCUUUUCAACUCAAGCUAAUUAAAUACUUUUAAAUGUGCACCAG